ACAGAGCCCGUCGCAAAGGCUUGAGCUCACGAGCCGUGAGAUCAUGACCUGAACUGAAUGUCGGAUGCUCCACCGACUGAGCCACCCGGGCGCCCCCGCUUUCUGCAGCUUUUAAAGGCUCCUGCACUCGUGGCUCAUGACCGCCUUUCAGCUGUGACAUCACGCCUGCCUCUGCUUCCAUCCCAUCUUCUCUGACAUUCCUGCCUCUUUCCCAUUGAAGGAUACUUGUGGUUACACUGGGCCCACCUGUGUAAUCCAGGAUACUCUCAUCUCAAAACCUUUACCUGCAUCUGCAAAAUCCCCUUUGCUGUGUAAGGUAGUAUAUUAACAGGUUCUGGGGAUUAGAACCCAGGCAUCUUUGAAGGAACACUUAUUAUGCCUACCACAUGUGGCUAACAACUGCUCCAUACUCUUCUAGUGAAGGCUAAAUGAUAUUAGGUAAGGCGCUUGGCACAGAGGAGGUACCAUGUUCUUUCAUUCCAUACACUGUAUUACAGGGAAUAAGACUGCAAAAAAGCUUGCCCUUUCAAGAAGCUCACAUUCUUGAUGCGUGACUCAGAAGAUAAACGAGUAGAAUAUACAGGAAUAAGACAGGUGUUCUGCUGCGGGGAGCAGGGCGGCCGGCCGUCAGACACGCCGCCUGAAGGGAGGCCUGGAGAAGCGUCGGAGGUGCACCAGCGUAAACAGUUCUGUCACUGGCCCUGUCAAUGCCCUCGCCAGAAGCCCAGCUGCCCUCCUGGAGUGAGCCUGCUGAGGGACGGCUGCGGAUGCUGUAAAGUCUGUGCCAGACAAGCAGGGGACAUGUGCAACGAGGCCGACCUCUGCGACCCGCACAAAGGACUGUACUGUGACUACUCGGCAGACGGGCCUAGGUACGAGACCGGAGUGUGUGCGUAUCUUAUAGCUGUGGGAUGUGAGUUCAACAGGGUACAUUAUCAUAACGGCCAAGUCUUUCAACCCAAUCCCCUGUUCAGCUGUCUCUGUGUGAGUGGGGCCAUUGGAUGCACACCUCUGUUCAUACCAAAGCCGGCUGACGGUCACUGCUCUGGGGCUAAAGGUAGAAAGAAGUCUGAUCAAUCAAACUGUGGCCUGGGACCAUUCCAACAACAGCUUUCAACAAGCUACAAAACAAUGCCAGCUUAUAGGAAUCUCCCACUUAUUUGGAAAAGAAAAUGUCUUGUGCAAGCAACAAAGUGGACCCCUUGCUCCAGAACCUGUGGCAUGGGAAUAUCUGAUAGGGUGACCAAUGAAAAUAGCAACUGUGAAAUGAGAAAAGAGAAAAGACUGUGUUAUAUUCAACCCUGUGACAGUAACAUAUUGAAGAGAAUAAAGAUCCCUAAAGGAAAAACGUGCCAACCCACUUUCCAACUUCUCAAAGCUGAAAAAUUCAUCUUUUCUGGAUGCUCAAGCACUCAGAGUUACAAACCCACUUUCUGUGGAGUAUGCUUGGAUAAGAGAUGCUGUGUCCCUAACAAGUCUAAAAUGAUUACCAUUCAAUUUGAUUGCCCAAAUGAAGGGUCAUUUAAAUGGAAGAUGCUGUGGAUUACAUCUUGUGUAUGUCAAAGAAACUGCAGAGAUCCAGGAGAUAUAUUUUCUGAGCUCAAGAUCCUAUAAAACCAACUUUAUAUGGGAAAAGUUAAGUUUAGGUAAUCAUGUCAUUACAUCAUAAAAUUAGAAUGGUUUUAAAGGGUGGCAAAUCUACCUUAUUGAUUUAAAACAGUAAGAAUGCCUACUUAUUCUCAAAUGACUGUAUUUAAGGCAAUAGAAGCUUUUAAAAAGGCUUGUUAAAAAGAUUUAUGUAAAACUUAAAAACCUUAAAAGUGAACUCUUUAAAAUGUAUAAUUAUGAAAUACACAGAUACUUGGUUCCAUCUACAUAUUCCAUACAUAAUGGAAAAUUAUACAAUUUAUAAGAAAACAUUUCAUUCUAUAAAUUAAUCUGGAAUACUUUGUUGAAGAUGUGUAAAGAGUUUAAAACUCUUAAAACUAGCUUUUAAAACUUUGUGUACUUUGACAAUGUAGCCUAGGAUCCCAUCAGAUGAUAAUCAUUACAUGGUGAGCAAGAUUCUAGGUUAAUUCUUAAAAAGGAAUAAGAUUAAACUGUAAAUAUAUUUAUAGCUUCCAUUGCCCUAUCCUGAAUAUGAGUUUAUUAAGGUUUCUUUUGGAAGGAGAAAGUAGAACUUCGUUGGCCAUUGUGGACAACUGUAGACAACUGUAAUCUCAAAGUUUAUAUACCAAAUAAUGUAAAAAAUUAAAUUUCCAAGAUGAAGAUCAAAAGCAGUAUCCUUACUUUGAAAAGGAAAGAAACUUAAGAAUAUGACACUAAAGAAAAGCACACAAUGGAUUAUUCUGGCUUGAAAAUAAAUUGUCCCUAAAAAUUACUUCCUUAAAUGACAAAUCUAUCUAUGGACUUAAAAUGUAAGUUAUUUUAUUUAAAGAUAAAUUAAUGUUAAAACCUAGAGCUGGAGAUUAUAGUAACGAGAACACUUUCACUAGACUAUUACAGCCAUUUCUGCAAAGUUCGGAAGAAGGUAUCAGGCUAAGUAACAUUCUGUUUGCUUAUAUAAAUGGUGACAAGCAAAACCAAUAAUAAUACUGUUUAAAAACAUGGACAUUUAUUAUUAUAAAAUCAACUGGUUUAAUAAAAAGCAUUAUAUUUAAAGAUAAUUUAAUACAAAUACAUGUUAAAAUAAAUGUAAAAAUUCUUUUCAGUGCAAACAAGUGGUUACCCAAACAAGAAACAAAACCUCCCUAAGAGCUCUAAUAAAACCUAUCCCUGAAAAGUUAGUGGGUAUUACACAGAAAUAUUUAUAUUGUGUUCUUCUAUUACUCCUCGUACUCACUUUUAAACAAUCAGGAGAAUUCAACCAAAUAAAUUAUAAAUUUAUUUAACAGCUCUAGUUAUACCAAAUAAUUCCAGGGCAAAUUCCAGGGCUGUAAAAAUAAACUAUAAAUAAAUAUAUGAAAAUCUGUGUAAGAUUUUUAUUGAAGACAUGAUUACCAUUGUAUGAAUGCCUGAAUAUGAAACUCUAAAUAAAGUAAAAUGUUGAA